AGACUUUGGACUUCAACUCCCAGAAGCCUCGGCCAUGUCGGUCCAUAGACUAGGAUUCUGGGAGAUUGAGUCCUAAAUCCCUGAAAUAGCACUGGCAAUGGGCCCCAAACUAGGCCCUUUAAGACAUUUUUUUUUGGACUUCAGUUCCUAGAAGCCUCGGCCAUUUUGGCCAAUAGACUGGGAUUCUGGGAGCUGAAGUCCAAAAUCCCUUAAAGGGCACAGUUUGGGGGCCACUGUUAUAAUAUAAAGGGUUCAGCAGUGGUCCCCAAACUGUACCCUUUAAGAUCAGUUUGGAGCACUGACAGUCGGCCCCAAACUGUGCCCUUUAAGAGAUUUUUGGACUUCAGCUCCCAUAAGCCUCAGCCACAUUGGCCAGUAGCCUGGGAUUCUGGGAGCUGGAGUCCACAAUCUCUUUAAAGAGUUUCGGGACCACUGUUAUAAAGGGUUCAGCAGUGGUCCCCAAACUGUCUCCGUUAAGAGUUUUGGACUUCAGCUCCCAGAAGCCUCAGCCACUUUGGCCAAUAGCCUGGGAUUCUGGGAGCUGGAGUCCAAAAUAUUUUAUGGGGACAGAAAUGGUGGCUCUGGUGCAGAAAUAACCCACUUUGAGACCGCUUAAACUGCCUGGCUCCAUGCUAUAGGACUCAGGGAACUGUAGUUUUGUGAGACGUUUAGCCUUCUCUGCUACAAUAAACUACAGUUCCCAGGAUUCCAUAGCACUGAACCAAGGCAGUUAAAGAGGUCUCAAACGACAAUUUCUGUAGUAGUUCAGUUUAUCUUUAUCACUAGACUAGCACGGCAGGUGAAAAGGGGAUACAGAAUAAAAGAUGGUAGUGGUAAAAACCAGAAUUGUAGGUGAAGACGAUGGAGGGAAACUCUUUACUCCUGAAGAAUACGAACAAUAUAAGAAAAAGGUCUUACCGAUACGGUUGCAAAACCGAUUGUAUGUGAGCUGGAGAUCACCGACUGGCAUGGACUGCAAACUUGUGGGCCCUGAAACCCUGUGUUUUUGCACCCAUAGAUACAAACAACACAAAACAGAUUUUGAAGUUAUCCCAAAGGAACGCCCUAUUUCUGUGCCUUGUAAGGUCAGCCGAUGCCCAUGUACAUCCUACAACUUUGUUCCUCUCAAUGGUACUCAGCCCAUCCGAUGUAGAUGUAAGCAUUUUGCUGAUCAGCACAGUGCAGCACCUGGAUUUCCAUGUACCACCUGUUCCAAAUGUUCAGGGUUUCACAGUUGCUUUACAUGUGGAUGUGGCCAGCCAACAUAUGCUCAUGAGACAGUGGUGGAAACAAAAGAGGAGCGCUUAGCCCAAGGAAAGCCAGUGGGGCAAGAUGUCCCUUAUGCUGCAAUGGGAGGACUAACUGGCUUUAGUUCACUAGCAGAAGGCUACAUGAGACUUGAUGAUAGCGGGAUAGGAGCACCUUCCGCCCAGUUCCUAGAAUCUCCUGUAACCACCACAGAUCAUCCCUUUUUAAGAGCAUUGCAAGGACCUUCCAGUUCCAUUCAAGCACGCUCACAGCUAACAGAUGGUGGAACAAGUACAGCAAUGCAGAUUUCUAGUUUAAGGAGGCCUGAUGAAGAUGACAUGGCUUAUUUUGAAAGACAGUAUCAAGCACGGUUAAAACAAGAGAAGGCUCUGACACAGAAGGGGAAAGGUCCAUUGCCAUCAAAGAAUUCCUAAUAAGCAUUAAAUCAAACACAUGCUUUUUAAUUUGUA